AUGCUCCGUAACAACUUUGGGACUGCGGAAGAGGGUGAGCCUCCUGACCGGCUUUAUAUGUUGGCUCAGUGCAUGACAGAUCUUUCGGUCAAUGAAUGUAAGACGUGCUAUGAUUUGAGUAAUCAUGCCUUGGCUGGUUGCCUUCCUAACACAGGAGGUCGUGCUUUAUUUGAUGGUUGCUUUAUAAGGGCUGAAAAUUACAGCUUCUUUGAUGAGACAUUCCAAGAUAAAGAUUUCAAGCAUUGCAGCGACAAUGCCGAGUUCAAUCAGAAAUUUAACCAAACACCAGAGAAAGUGUUCAAAAAACUUGUGAAGUUGGCUGAGCAUAAUGAUGGAUUUGCAGUCGCCAAAGAUAGCUCAAAUGGUUUUAAUGGUUUUACAGUGUUUGCUAUGGCUAAUUGCUGGAGGAGUCUAGACAGUAGUAAGUGUUCUUCAUGUGUAGAAAAUGCAGCCAACCGUGCAAUUUCAUGCUUGCCAUCGUCUGAGGGUCGUGUGCUCAAUUCUGGCUGCGUUUUACGUUACUCUGAUUAUUACUUUGGCAAUAACCCUCGAGCCCUCGAAAUCAAAGAAUCUGCACUAAAGACCGCCUCAUAUAUUAUUCUUGCGUUGGCCUUGUUCGCAUUGAUUAUUAUGCUCGGAAUUUGUGCGGGUAAAUCUAGUUAUAGACGAAUACGUCACCAGAGAAAAUCAAAUGGUAAUGUUGAGAAAUAA